AUGGCUGUGUUCCCCCUUAUAUAUAAUUUCCGUAACCUGCCCAUCAAGAGACCUUUCAACUUUUUUCUUCACAGGACAUUUCGAGUGAGUGCACUUGUAGUAACUCCUAGGGCACUCACUGCCCUUAACAACCUUCUGCCCAUAUUUCCUCCAGUUGUAGCCAUCGUCAGAGGGUUUGUCAAUGACGAUAGAUGUAGCUUGAGUUCUCUGUCUAGCCUGAGAACCCUCUGCUGUUUCUGAGACUGACGUCGAAGCUUCUUUUUGUUCUAACAGAGAAGAACCGACGGCAGUGCUAUUGGGCUGUGCCCACGAGGCACCGUCUUGGGUUUCUACUGGCAUCUGCAGAUGGGAAGCAGAAUGUGCUACCUGAGAAGCCUGAGCAGUGACGUGCGCCAGUGCCUCUUGGUGCGAGAUCCCAUAGGGACCCUGCGAGGUAAGAAAUAAAAUUAUGAAGAUAAUCUACGAAUUUUCCCCCGAGUACGGGCAUCCCUUCUUCCACGAUAUGAUGAGAUAAUCUAUUUCCUGAAUUAUCUUUUUUUAAUCUGAUGCUUGCUGCGCAGCUUUAUCUUUAUUUUAGUUAUCUCUGAUCACAUUCCAGCUGCUGGAUAAACAGUUCAUAAAUAGCAUUACUUUUCUAGACAAGAAAAGAAAAAAAAGAAAAAAAAAAGGAAAAAUCUGAAAAGUCAGGACCCACUGGUGGAUUACUUGUAGCAAUGAGCAUGGAUCACGCCAUGCCAAUCCGAUAAUCGGUAUUGAACAACGGAGCUGGUAAGAUUUAAACACUAAAUUCCUUUAGAACAUCACUCCCCUUGCUGGAAAGCUACCUUCAAACUUGGACCACCCACCCACCCACCCAACCUCUUAUGGAAAAUUUACAAUCUGACCCAAGUGGAGAUUAGUCCGUUGGUGUGUAGUGUAGUCCCCAGAUUCCCAUCAAAUAGAUAUAAAUCAUCCACAGGAACCAAAACUCAAACUCAGGCAAGUUCUUGAUCAUAAGUAGAUUAUCAUCUACUCAAAGCAUACUUCUAGCAGGAGGACUAAGUGGUGGAAGUGAAUUAUUUAAACAAGAUGAUGGCACAUGAGUCAGGUUCCUGCCAUUUCAGUUCUCAACUGUCUGGUUGAAAAGUGAACCUUAUGAAUGCCGUAAAGCUCAUAUGAAGCAAUUAAGAAGAGAUCCUCAUUCAAACAAGGCAUAUUUUUUCUUCUCAGUCAGUUCUGUGCACUUUACGAAAAAUAAAAUAAAAAAUGAACUGAAUCUUCUGUCCCCCUGUAUAAACUUCAUGUGGACCCUUCGGAGGAGCGGACCCUGACCUCUCUGAUCGGUUUCGCCCCCCUUCACUUCUAGGAUCUAACUCCUUCAAGAUUGGGAACUCUGAUGCGACUGCGAAAAAUCUGUGUUCUUGGUAGUUUGUCGCUCUGAUUCUCUCUUCCUCCUUGAUCUACUCUCUUGUUUUCUUCUUCUUCUUCUUCUUCUUCUUCUUCUUCUUCUUCUUCUUCUUCUUCUAG